UUUAAUACGUCAUAAAUAGUACGGAACCCUUCAUGGGUGAGUCCGACUCGCACUUGGCCGCUUUUUAAGUUUAUUACCACUUAGUGGGAGUAUUUGACAUAGAUGCCAAUUGCAGGUUACUAUUAAAUUGCAGGUACAUACCAACAAAUACUGAGCUAAACCACGGACAGACAGGUAAAAAGACGCGGAUAAACUAUAAGGGCUCCCCAGUUGACUACGGAUUGUUAAAAACAAAUAAAUUUAAACUGUAAGUAUGAAGGUUUAGAAACAAAAUCCAAGAAGAUAAUUAAUAAGAAUACAAACUAAAUUUCAAAAUAAUUAAUUAAAACGAAAUACUAAUAAAUCUUAUUCAAAUAAUAUAACCCUAUUAAGAUCGCAUAGUGCCUUGCUUUAAUACCAAUGUUGUUAUUAUUGUUAUUGAAAGUCAAACGGUUCGAAAGCCCAAAGCCGCAAAAGGUUUUAUAAUUACUGUUCAAAGAAUUCUUAAUUGUUUGAGUUUACUUAGAAGCAAUAGAAGCUGACAAUAACUAAACUUUCAAACAUGAAAACAACUUCAUAAUUAAAUUAAGUGCCUAUAUCUUAUAGCCAUUUCACAAUUAACUUUACGAUCUCUUCAACAUUUAUUAAAAUUUUCUUCAACAUUUAUUUUAAAUGAAUUAGAAUUACAGUUUUAGGUUUUUGAAUGUUUUUUCAGCGUAGUUGGUCAUAAACGUAAACCUGCUUUCUUUUGUUGCCAUAUUCAUUAAGCGCGUCCACCAUACGCCCACAGCGUACUAUUACAGAUAGAGUCGCUCUUUUCGCGUACGACUUGACAUGAUAACGCUCGUCUCUUACUAUGCUAACCAGAAACUGCCAUAUGAAUAAUGUUUUCAUUCCUUCAUUCCAUUCCGAUAUUCCUAACAUAUUAUUUCAUUUCACUGUCAAUUACCUAAUAUCAUCACUAAAAGAGGGCAUGCAACAGAGAGGACUACAUAACGCGUGGUAUCAAAAAGUGUAGGUAUCACAUCAUGUUAUGCGCGAUUAUUCCGAGUUAAUACACCUGAUUGUUUACAGUCCAUAUGAAAGAUUGAAUUUUGACCUUGUAAAGUUUCGGAAAUGGAGUUUCCACCACCCUACUAACGUUUCGCUGGCUGACUCUAGGCCGCGCGGCCAGCCAGUCGCUUCGAGCGCGGGCAGUCGAUAGUUUGCCAAAAUGCGGUGGUACAUAGCAGUGUUUUGUUUAGUGAAUCUCGUCGCUGGCCAGAAUAGUACUAAUGAGGAUGGCGCCCACGAAUUCGAUUACUACUCCAUGCCUGUGCUCUCCGAGCUGGACGACUUUGACCUCUGCCUACGGAACCCUGAGGCUGUGUACUGUAUAGUCGACAUGGAGCUGAUGGAGGAUGACACACCGCUUUAUCAAUUCAUCAAGAACUUCUCAAUGAACAUUGCGAAGAACUACAAGCACUCGAAGCUCCACCGCGGAGUCUGUGCGAACCAGCAUUGCGGACUCAACCUCACCCAUGCCGUGGGAGGAGAAUCUACUGAAAUGGCCCUGAGGGACUGUCUUAACGCCUCCAUACACCGAGGCUACGGCCUGCAGGUGGAAACCCUGUCCGUGCGUUACUGUAAGACGCAGUCCGACAGCUUGCCCAUCGACGUGCUGGACUGGGUGGUCGGCGCCAUCCUGCUAGUCGUCCUCCUGACCAACCUGGCCUGCACCGCGUGGUACUUCCUUUGGCCUAGCGAACAACUCGAAAAUAACAAAUUCGUGAUGGCAUUCUGCGUGCAGAAGAACUGGAAAGCGCUGAAAAAAGGAGGCAACGCCGACGGCGGCGUGUUCAAGUGCUUCCAGGCCAUGAGAUUCUACACGAUGGUGAUGAUCUUGGGGCUACACUCCAUGAUCUUCAUCGGGUACGGCUAUACCGCGAAUCCGGAGUUCAUUGAACAAUCUUACAACGACUUCUUCAAAGCUCUGCUAUUCAACGCGCGCGUGAUCGUGCAGAUCUUCUUCGUGAUGGGCGGGUUCCUGAUGGCGUACAAGAUGCUGGUCUACGCGGAGACGCAUCCCUUCUCGCUUAGGACUAUCCCUAUGGCUCUCGUCAACAGAUGGUUCAGACUAAUGCCGGCCGUGCUCGUAGUAAUGGGUUUGGCAAUGACUUGGGUCCCGCAUCUGGGCUCCGGCCCCAUGUGGGACGCCGUGGUCAAGCGCGAACGAGACAUGUGCCGCUCCAACUGGUGGCAGCUCGUCAUCCUAAGCCCCAAUCUGUUCCCCUUCGAGCAUCUGUGCCUGCCACAGGCGUGGUACCUGGGUACUGACACGCAGCUCUUCCUCGUGACGCUAGUGGUCAUGCUGAUAAUCUGGCGCUGGCCGCGCUCCGGCGUGCCCGUGCUCUCCGUCGUCAUGUUCGUGUCGCUGCUCAUACCCUUCUUGCAGAGCUACUUCAUGAAACUGAUGCCUAUCCGAGUCAGCUUGUUCCCUGAAUCUAUAAGAGACAUAUUCGGGUACAACGACACUUUCUACCACGCGUACGUGUCGGCGCAAGGAAACUGGGCCGGCUACCACCUCGGUGUCAUCACCGCCUACUUCUACCACCGCGCACAGACUGAGAAGUGGAAUCUUAGGGAAUCUAUGCUCCUGCGCCUGAUGAUGCUGGUGUCGAUCCCGGUGGCGUGCGGCGCCGUGCUCAUGGGCUGGGACCUGCACCACCGCGAGGCCUCUGCCUUCGAGGCCGCCGUCUUCAACGCGUUAAACCAGAACUUCUUCGCUUUUGCCCUGUGUAUUUUCAUCAUCGGUUGCUUCUACAAGUGUAACAAGCUGUACGUGGGUGCCGUGGAAUGGGCCCCGCUGCAGCCGCUCGGCCGCAUGUCCUACUGCGCGAUGUUGCUGCACGCCACCGUGCUGCGGACCUACGGCGGCCAGAUGAGACGCUCCUUCUACGCUACUGACUAUACCGCCAUCAUGUUAUUCGCCGGCAUCGUGACCACCACGUACCUGUGGUCCCUUCCCCUGUACCUGUUCGUGGAGGCGCCCGCCUGCGCCUUGCAGAAGUUCCUUCUGGGCCCCAAGAGGAGACCCAGGAAGGAGCAAGAAGCCAACGGCACCGGCCAGGUGAAACCCGGACAGUCCACUGUGUCCGUCUCCACUGUGUCCACGCAUAUUUAAGUCUGAGUAGAUUUAACGGGGUGAAAUUAAGUUUUUAAGAGUUUAUCUCGGUGAAAUAAAAGGUACGUAAUAAUAUUCCAAUUGCAUCACGAGAAACAUUAAUAAAUCAACAAAUUAUAAACGUUAUUUUACUCAUAAAGUUGAUUUAUAUAAUGUGCACUUUCUAAAUGAAUUGGCAAGUUUGACAUUUACCUAUAGGCAAAGAGAAUUUGAAAUAGAGGUGGAUUGUCAAAGUAAAUUUUGUAGCCACAAUAAAUUUACUGCCAUCUUUUGACACAUGAUUAAAACUUUUAAAACGCUAUUGGACUUUGAUCCUCAUUCUUUCACUGAUAUGUGUUAAAUUUGUCAAAUCAAAAAAUGGCGCCAUCUAAUAGACAGAGAUUCUUUGACAAUCCAUCUUUAUUUCAAAUUUUCUUUGCUAUAGGCGAAUGAUGUGACGAUACAAAGAGAGGAUUUAAGAACAUUACCGAAUUAUUUUCAGGAGUUUUAUUAUUAACGUGAACAUACACGUAUUUAUUUUUUCAACACACUUGCUUAUAAUACGAGUAUAAUGUGGAACUUAUUAAACCGCUUUUAGGUUCAUGUCAUAAUUCCAGAUGUUAAACCUGCGUGAUUUUUUCAUUAUAAUUAUCUGUCUUGUGCGGUAAUGCUAUAAUUAUCGCACUAAUGCGGGAAUAUAUACUUUUUUUUAUUGUACUUUUACUGUUUUAACAAUUUAAAUUUGAUUAAUUAAUAAGUUUUGUUUUUUCCUCGCAAGUGUGUUAAAAACGUAAGAAACACGUGUGUUUUGGUCACUAACACAUCGGCAUUCUUAUUGCGCGCUCGCUUCCAGCUCGCGGGCACAAUAUCGCCUGGGCUAUUAUGAUUUAUGACCAACGUAGCACACUUGUAUCAUAAUGUACCAUGACGUACAAAAUGCAAUAGACGAUUAUGUUUAAAUAUCUUAGUAGCUAAAAUAUUUGUGGCUCCUUGGUAAGCUUGCCAACAAUUUUGCAAUUAGUGUCUCUUUUCAAGAAAAGUAAUAAGUACGUUGUGUCCCUCACUAAGCUCACUACCAUCCUUAUGGAAGAUAUCUUCUUAUACCUAUUAAAUAUAUUUGUAUUACUUUACUAUUGUUUUAUGUGACGGAAAUGUGUAUAAGGUCAAUUUAGAUUUGCUCAAUGUAUUGUUAAGGCAUAUACUCGUCUAUCCUGUGAUUUUAGUUAGUUUGUAAAUAGUGACGUAUAAUAUCUCUUAAAAGCUAGUAAUAGUUAUUAGUUUAUAUCAAUAUUAACGAUAUCUAAAAAAUACAACUACGACUUUUAGUUUAUCAUUUGAUUGUUUGUUUUAAGUUAUUCAGCAAUUAUAAUUUACUGGAACAUUACAUAUUUGUAAUAAUCAAGAGCAAUAAAUACGGGUCACUUUCAAUUUAAAUUUCCAUGCAAAAUGAUCUAUUUUCAUUGCUCUCGAUUGUACGUAAACAACGUUUAUGUAGAGUACAAUUACCUUAACUGGGUGCUUAGCCAACGUGCCAAUCGUUAACGCACCAUAGCGUAGCGUAAUCAUCUCUCUCUAUCACUCUUCCAUAUUGGUGUGACAGUGACAGUUGCGUUUCGUUCGUUACGGAGCGUUAACGAUGGGCACGUUGGCCACGCGGCCUGGACUUUUAUUUCAAAUAUCAAGCUAGUAAUUUAAUUCUACUUGACGCCGAAAUCAUAUAAACUAUGUAAUUAUACAAUAUUAGUAAACUACUGUAUAUAUCACAUCCUGAAAGUGGAAUGAUAGUGUUUCGGGGAAGCACUUUGACUUCUGAAAUCCGGUAUAAUUUAAUGCAUUGCGUUACGUUGAAUUGCUUUUGAGUGAAAAGUUACUCGCGCAUUCGCCUAUCUCUACGCUUCUCUUCUCUUCAGGAACUUUAUGGUAAGAUUUUGCAAUAGCGUUACUUAGUAGACGUUAAGUGGACUGAUGGCAUUCAAGAAUCGUAUUCAAAAUGAUCUUGUUAUUAUAAUGUCACCUGUCUAAUUAUAGUUUUUAGGUCAGAGUUUUGUACCUAUACAUAUUUUUAUUAGAUAAAGGUCUUUAAUAAAGGUUCA